UCUACACACGGAUUGGAGUGAAUCCUCCAUCGGGAUUCUCAAACAACAGCAGUCGCUUCACUUCACGUUUGAAACUUCGAGCGUUUUUUCACGGUGAAAUGUCUUCUUCAAAAACUCCAAUUUCUUUUUUGUUAACUUUGGCAGUUUUUUGUUGCUCAGUAGCAAGCUGUGAUUGCAAAUCUAUAACUCAAGCGCUGCAUUUCGAGGAUUACUCAGAGCAUCGAGUAAAAGGAUGCUACUAUAACAACCAGACCUUGGGGAUUUGUUUUGAUAUUGAACAAGGUUCGAUGAAAGUGAUGAAGACAACCGGGCAAAUAAUAGUGUUUUACCAAAAACUUGGUACAAACAUGUUCUAUUACAAGAUUAUAGAUCAAGAUUUCCUAGGGCGCGGUCCAUCAGUGUUUUACGUUCCCAAAGCCAUUCGUAAAGCGUCGCACAGUCUUCGCGAGUUUCUGAACAUGGAUCGGACCACCGAGGAAACACAAGUCGAACUAACGGCGUUAAAAACUCAUUACAAUGAGGCCAUAAGAGAGCUGCGGCAAGAACCGGAAAUUAAACUCCUAGAACGCUUGUCAGCAACACUUGCUGAAAAUGUGACUCAACCGGAUAUGUUAAAGCCAUUUCAUGCCCUGUGUUACAGUAUCCUGAAGACUUCAGACAUUCAGAUCCCACAUGAAUUGAGGGCAACACGCGAUUUUGGAAAUGAAAUUUCUGGGCACCAUAGCACAAGACAAAAGCGCUGUGACUUGUUACUUGAUCCCAGAAAUAAUAAUUGCACUGGUAUGUGUGGUCCAAACUGUUAUUGCUGGUCUUGGGUCUGUGGAGAUUGCUGUUUUCAUCAGGGAUGUCUUGAACACGAUAUAUGUUGUGAGAAAUUCGGCGCUUGGAGUUCUCACUGUGUUUUCCCACUCGGCUUCACUUGUGAAAGUUACAAGGAAUGUUAACGAUAGAAAUGACACAAACUGUCGUUCUUUCUGUGAAACAUGCAUCUUUUGCUUAAAUAAAUUAUACUAUGAUAAUAUUCACAUUAUAAAUUUUAAAUAAUUAUAUAUUUUUCCGUUUCAAAUAAGUUUCAUUUGGGUUAGAAAACAGGAACUCAGAACGCAUCCCUGGUACUUUGCUCUUCAAUCCAGUACACCCCAGCUGACAUCAGUAUGCAUAUUCUCCAUACUGUUAUCCAUGCAUUUCCUGAGGUGCUAACAAGGAGAAUUUGUUUAACAAUCAAGAGCUUCUUUAGUUGGUGAUCAUUCCUUUAUUCUUGUGACUUUUAUGUAUUUUUUAGGGGUGGUAUUGUAAGAGAAAUUAGCAUCAUCCAAUGCACUACAUCUAAAACCCAGAGAUUUUUCUCACAUCACAUCUUGAUACUCAGUGUUACAGUAUCCAAAGCAUUAUUCCAAUGGUUAUGUGUAUGUAAAUAAAGAAAGAUGAUUCUUUUUA